UGCUCUUCCGAGCAAUUCAGCAAAUUACCCUCGCCCCCAGAACCAUCUCCAACCUUCUUCUUCUUCCCCCCUCGGGCUCGCUCGACCACGCCAACCAAUCCUCCAUCCAUGGACGCGGACUCCUCCUCCUCGUCGUCUUCGUCGUCGUCCUCCUCGCCGCCGUCGCUGAGGCGGAAGCUGAGGACCACCGUCUGCGGCUGCUUCGGCUCGCCGGGGAGCGGAUCAGGGGAGAAGCAGCGGAGCGGCAACAACGGGGCGAGGUGGCGGCGGCGGGUGGUGGCCACGGGGGAGUUCGGAUACGACCCGCUCAGCUACGCGCUCAACUUCGACGACGGCAGCGACGACAGCGACGACUCGCCCGAGGCCUCCGCCGCGUUCCGGUAUAGGAACUUCAGCGCCCGCCUGCCACGCUCGCCGGCGCCCAGCACCGCCGUCGCCAUCGCCUGAAACAGAAUAAACUGUAGCGGCAGGAUGCAGCUAGCAGGAGUAGCUGCCUAGCUGGCAAUUAGGGGGGUUGAUUAUUAAUCCUUUCUUCUUUCCUGGGGGGCGACGGGCAAUUAAUCGUGCGUCUCCAUGGGGGGUUUAAUUAUUUCCUUCCCUUCUUUCUCUAAGCGAGAUCGAAUCAUAUAUAUGUGUAAGCAAGUUCAUGAGUUACUCAUAUUACAUAUACCAGUGGAAUCAUAAUUCAGACAUAUACAUACAGGAAUUUGAUUAAGAUGCUUCCUUUCUUUUUUCCUC